CACGCGACGAUUAUCAUCCAUCUUGUUCCGUUGAAGCAGCUAACACUUAAAAAAAUGUCUGGCAGAGGAAAGGGCGGUAAGGGUUUGGGCAAAGGUGGUGCCAAGCGUCACCGUAAAGUCCUUCGUGACAACAUCCAGGGUAUCACCAAGCCCGCCAUUCGCCGCCUCGCUCGGCGCGGGGGAGUCAAGCGUAUCUCCGGACUCAUCUAUGAGGAAACUCGUGGUGUGCUUAAGGUCUUCCUGGAGAAUGUCAUUCGUGACGCCGUGACCUACACCGAGCACGCCAAGAGGAAGACUGUCACCGCCAUGGAUGUGGUCUACGCCCUCAAAAGGCAGGGGCGCACUCUGUACGGCUUCGGCGGCUAAAAUGACCAACUGAGCUACGCUUGCGCUAACAAAACGGUCCUUUUAAGGGCCACACAAAUCUUCUACAAGGGAUGCUCAUUCCAUGUUACAAUUUUAUUUACGUUUUCCGCCUCAGUUGGGGAUGCUUGAUAAAUAAUGUGCUCACAAUGAGAAACGUC